GAGAUGUUCUCCGGGAAGGCGCCCUCGCAGAGCGACGACGUCUGGUCGUUGGGCGUCAUAUUCCACAUCCUCCUCACAGGCCGCUUCCCCUUCUCCACCAACGUAGACAGCGAGUUCAGGGAGCUGUGCGCCAGAGGUGGGCUGGAGCGCGACGUGCAGGAGUGCCUGCGCCAGCUCGCGCGGUCGUGCUCGCCCGCCGCCGCGGACCUCGCCGCCCGGCUGCUGGCCUUCGACCCCGCGAGGCGCGCCACCGUGGAGGCGGCCCUGCAGCACCCCUUCCUCGCUGGCUGCCGCGGUGGCGCGCAGGACACGCAGCAGGCCGACGACGCGACCCUGAGCGCCGAGGAGGUGCUGCGGUGCUGCGAGCGCUUCGUCGGGGCGGGCAGCCUGUGGCGGGUGGCGGCCUCGGCUCUGGCGCAGCUUGCCGACGAGGGGUGCGAGGCCAAGGAGCGGGCUCGUGCCACGUUCCUCGCGCUGGACUCCGAGGGCGCCGGUCAGGUGGCGGUCGAGGACCUGCGGGGGCUCCUGCGCCGGCAAGGUCUCACUGUUCCGGAGCCUUCGUGGUUCUCCGCCCUUGCCGUCCACAGCACUGCGGAGGCUGGCCAGGACGCGCCGAGGGGCAUCGCCUACACGACGUUCGUGGCGGCAGCGCUGAGCGGCACCAGGCUGUUCGGCGACGAGGGGCUCUGCGGGGCCGUGUUCGACCUGCUGGACGCGGACCGCGACGGGCUCAUCACCGCCGAGGACCUGCAGGUCCGGCUGGGCCUCAGCGCGGAGGACUGCGGCCCUGUUCUCGCGGAGGCCAUGGGCGAGAUCGGGGCGUGGAGCCUCGAGGAGGCCACUGGCAUCGGCUUCACGGCCUUCCUGCAGCUGCUGCAGCGGCCCGGGGAGGCCCACGGCCCGGCGAAAGAGUGA